CUCUCCUGUCUAUAGGAAAUAACUGACUGCAUAUUAAGAGAUCAUCAUGACUCAUGAAAACAUAGAGGACCUUGAGUUUAGAAAAGAAAGGAAAAAUAAAAUCUAUGAAAACUGUUGAAAAGCAGCACAAAGACAGUUGUCCGCCUGCCACGGAAACCGAGACCCCAGACCCAGAUCCUGAACUUGACUGCACAGAAAGGGAGCGGUGAGAGAGCUCGUGUGAUACAGCAGAGGUGACUGAUCUACAUAUCAAAAGAAUAUGACUGCACAAAUAUCAGAAACUGAUCAGAUUAAACAGUUUAAAGAAUUUCUUGGAACUUACAAUAAACUCACAGAAACUUGUUUUCUGGAUUGUGUUAAAGACUUUACAACAAGAGAGGUUAAACCAGAAGAGUCUACCUGCUCAGAACACUGCCUACAAAAAUAUUUAAAAAUGACACAAAGGAUAUCCUUGAGAUUUCAAGAGUAUCAUAUUCAACAGAAUGAAGCUCUGGCUGCCAAAGCAGGACUCCUUGGCCAACCAGGAUAG